UGUAGACUGAAGCAGCCUCAUUAGAAAGCUACACGCCGUGAAGCAAGGAUCUCUAGUUCCAAGACUCUGGGCUCCAAUUCCAAGACUGUUUUUGUGUGGGGAUACAGUUGUGGUUGUGUUUUGAAUGCUGAAGCGGACAAGCAAAUUGGACGAUAUGUUUGCUGCUUGGUUUGUUUUUCUUGUUGCAUCACUUGUUGCAGGUGAAGGACAAAAAUGUACAGAUAUCGCAAAAAUUCCGGAACUGACACUUGACACUAAGCUUUUAUCGUCAACGUUUCGGGUGUUCAAGAAUGUAGGACUUAUGGUGUGUGCCAAGGAAUGUGUUUCACGACUGCGUUGUAAGUCCUUCAACUUUGACUUGAACAAGUCAGAAUGUGAGUUGAAUGAAUUGUCUGCUUCCGGUUCUUUGCCGUCAAGCAUCGUGAAUGUCCAGAACAAUGUUUACGUUGAUAUUGACCAGUGGUCAAGAGGAGUAGCCGGAGCCUGUCAGGGUCGUUCAUGUCCAAACAACUCAGUGUGUAGGGUUCUUGAUAAUGGAACUUCUAUAUGUAAUGUUGAGUGUAGCGAUCCACCAAGUCUGACUAAUGGUGUCUUUACAACCACAAUAUCAAAUGAUGUUGACUCGGUCAUCGACUUCACCUGUUCAUUGGGAUAUGAAAAAAUGGGAUCAGCUGUUUGUCAGUCUGAUGGUUCAUGGUCCAGUUAUUCCUGUGUUCAAGGACUAGAUUGUUCUUCACCAAUGAUCCCAAACAUCACCAUUUCGAGCCUCUCAAGCCCUCCUUUCCCUUCGGGAACCAUUCUGAAUUACACCUGCCCAGAAGGUUAUCUGGGAAGUGGCCACCUGGUCUGUACAACAAAUGGCACUUGGUCCUCAGUUAGCUGUGAACAAGGUUGCACUGACCCACCAUCGAUCGUAAACGCUAAUAUAAAUGAUUCAUCUACAACAUUUGCUGUGGGAACUACCGUUAACUACACCUGCAUUCAUGGAUACAUCGCCAAUGGUCAAGUUACGUGUCAAUCAACUUAUACAUGGUCAACCAUGUUUUGUAUUAGAGUAUGCAUUGACCCUCCAAGUAUCACGAAUGGAACUCUUAUUGAUGUCGGAGAAGGGCCUUGGCCGAAUGGAACACUCGUCAACUAUAAAUGCGAUCCAAUAUUUUUCAAGGAAGGAGGUGUUGGACACAAAGUCGAGUGCUUGGACACUGGUCAGUGGAGCACCACUACCUGUCACGCUAUACGACAAUGUGACCACUUACAGACGUGCAGGUCAUCUUAUGGGGAUGGCGAAUACUGGAUGUACCCUUACGCAUUUGGCUUCACUGCCGUAAAGAUCUACUGCCAUGCAAUGUCUACAUCCCCGAAACCAUACAUAACUUUACCAGGAGAAGCUUCCGUUGACUAUUCUAAAACAAACUGUGAACAGAACAAAGGCUAUGGUGGAUAUAAGUCUUGUAGAUCUACGACCUUCAGCAAAGCAGGCGUGCUAACAUGGCACAUGAAGAGUUUUAGCCCCCAGUUAAAGGAUAUGACUUUUAUCGACCAGCCGAGCUGCGAUAAAAUAAUAAUGGGCUGGGUGUUCGACUGCUCAAAGUCCUGUUCUGGAGUCAGUGGACGUAAAUUUAACAUCAACACUUCAUUGACCGGACUUAUAGUGGAUCCAGACCAGCCGUGGAAGACGACUACUGGAAACGUUGUUAUUACACGAUCUGAAUCAAACAGAGUUGUUUCAGGGAGGUGUGAGAACAGCUGCGGAUCGUGCACUCCUGUCAACAACUUCAUCAAAUACAUAAUUGAUCCCGGGUACACCCCACUGGCUGAAUCGGCCACAACACCGGAAUGUGUUUGGUGAGACAUUUUCAACUUCAACGACACAGUGGGGCCAUGGGGUAGCCUAGUGGUUAAAGCGGUCGCUCGUCACGCUGAAGACCCGGGUUCGAUUCCCCAUAUGAGUACAAUGUGUAAAGCCCAUUUCUGGUGUCCCCCGCCGUGAUAUUGCUGGAAUAUUGCUAAAAGCGGCGUAAAACCAAACUCACUUACUCAACGACACAGUGUUGAAAGUUUGUUUUCGCGCCAAUGUCAUUCACAAAUUGGUUCAAUAAACCACUUUUGAAUAUG